AUCACCACUACCAAUUUGUUUUGCGAGAACACCGGCGAAAGAACAAGUCUUUAGAGGCCUGCUGUGGGUUUUUAAAAUAUUAUUUAUUGGGCAUUAGAAUUACUGUCAGAUAAAUCAUAAUUUGUUAAACCAUAGUUGACUCAUUUUAGGUAGCCAGCUAGUUAUAACUUGACAAACAACAAUUCCUUUAAAAUGAACCGGCAAUUGAACGGUUUCCAUAACUCAAUCAUUGAUGAAGACUGCUUUUUGUUCACCUCUGAAUCUGUUGGAGAAGGUCACCCAGAUAAGCUUUGUGACCAGAUCAGCGACGCUGUGCUCGAUGCGCAUCUCAAGCAGGACCCUGAUGCGAAAGUGGCAUGUGAGACAGUGGCUAAGACUGGGAUGAUUCUGCUGGCAGGGGAGGUCACCUCCAGGGCCAACGUUGAUUACCAGAAGGUCGUCAGGGACACCAUCAAGCACAUUGGCUAUGACGACUCCUCCAAGGGCUUUGACUAUAAGACCUGCAACGUCCUGGUGGCUCUGGAGCAGCAGUCCCCUGACAUCGCUCAGGGUGUUCACCUGGACCGCAAAGAGGAGGAUGUGGGGGCUGGAGACCAGGGUCUGAUGUUUGGUUAUGCCACUGAUGAGACUGAGGAGUGUAUGCCCCUCACCAUCGUCCUCGCCCACAAGCUCAAUGCCAAGAUGGCUGAACUACGCCGCAACGGAACCCUGCCCUGGCUGAGACCAGACUCCAAAACUCAGGUGACCGUUCAGUACAGGCAGGACCGUGGGGCCAUGCUUCCAGUGCGUGUGCACACUGUCGUGGUGUCUGUGCAGCACGACGAGGUAAUUUGCCUGGAUGAGAUGCGUGACGCGCUGAAGGAGCAGGUUGUGAAGGCAGUGGUUCCCACCGUGUACCUGGAUGACGACACCAUCUACCACCUGCAGCCUAGCGGCCGGUUCGUCAUCGGAGGCCCUCAGGGUGAUGCUGGCCUGACAGGACGUAAGAUCAUUGUGGACACCUAUGGAGGCUGGGGGGCCCACGGUGGAGGGGCCUUCUCAGGGAAAGACUACACUAAGGUAGACCGCUCUGCUGCCUACGCUGCUCGCUGGGUGGCCAAGUCCCUGGUUAAAGCUGAGCUCUGCAAGCGUGUACUGGUCCAGGUAGCCUAUGCCAUUGGAGUGGCCCAUCCCCUGUCCAUCUCCAUCUUCCACUAUGGGACUUCCCAGAAGAGUGAGCGGGAGCUGCUGGACAUUGUCAAGAAGAACUUUGACCUCCGCCCUGGUGUCAUUGUCAGGGAGCUCGACCUGAAAAAGCCCAUCUACCAGCGGACCGCUGCCUAUGGCCACUUUGGGCGGGAGGCCUUCCCCUGGGAGGUCCCCAAAAAGCUCAAAUACUGAACCCCUCACCCCCAACCUUCCCACCCAGAGCUGUAGGUGUGCUACAGAAAAACUGACACUCUGGGAGGGAAACAUUUUACACUCCUGUCCCCUCAUCUCUACCCACUUCAAAUUGCUUGCACACUCCUUGAAAUCCAUUUCCCGGUCUUCUUUCCCUGACUGUUCUGUAGUUGUGAUUUGCCUUCACAGAAAUGUAUUCUCACCCUAGCCUGUCCACCAGUAUAUUUAACUAAUCCACUCCCUGUACUCCAUGUCAUGUGCCAAGGAGUGGAAUGUUAGCUAAAGAGACUGGUACUCAGACUAACC